AUGCCAAGAGGCGGUGAGUAUCCAGCGCCGUUAUUUUUGCUAACGUUCCAAAUGUAACUGUUCGCUAUCCAAGCUAGCCAGCAAACGUAACAUUACCUCAAGGAAUAUAGCUGGCUAGCUAACUACUUGGAGGAUCUGGUCAAAUUUUAUGUUCUACUUGAGUAGCCACGUUUCGUGAGAACUGACGUAACGUUAGCUAACUAGCAAGUUAAGUAGUUACAGCUAUUAGCUAACUAAUUAGCUAGUUAACUUGCUAGCUAGGCUACUGUCACUACAGUAGUAGCUAAUGUUAGCUAAACUUGGUCUGGCGAACACCAUGUGCACCCAGUUGAUUUCAUCCAUUGACAGCAAAGAAGUUCAAUCACUUUAACUUUUAAUAUGGAUUGGAUUCUGACAUCUGUAACCAUGCCGCAGAGUGAACGUCAUGUCUGAUUCAUCUCUCGUUAUCUGAUCUUCUACAACAUGCCUCGCUCUCUCAUUUGGGUUUUUUAGGUAAAAAAGGUCACAAGGGCCGGGGAAAGCAGUUCAGCAACCCAGAAGAGAUCGACAGACAGAUGAAAGCACAGAGAGAGCUGGUGAGUAAAGGAUCCAUGGCUCUGAGGGGAUAUCUAGUUUUUGCACCUUGUGAUUAACAUAGCUCUAAACAGAUACCUAUAUUAUAGACCUUCCAUACGGGGUUCCAGCUUCGCAAGUGCAAUGCAUGGGAGAUAUAUUUUCAACCUACCUUUACUUGGCGAUAUUUUAAUUACCGGUAAUUCUCGAUUUGGAAGGCACCCGUGACUUACUCCCGUUGCAGGUGUAACUCUGAGAAUGAGGAAAUAUUCAGAAAUAUAUUAAAUCCACUUUUUGUACUGAGUGUGAAAUGCCUUACGAAUAUGUGUAGAUCUUUGUUUGGGUCAAGCUGUUUAAAGCACUGUCAUGUUCUUCUACAUGUGGCCACGUCACUUAGAAAUGACUAGUUCCAGCAAUGAUGUUGGGAAGAUCGAGAUGUCCGGCAACUAAAUGGCGAGGGAACUCCUUACUUAUUUUUCUGAAUUCUCUGGUUUUUGGAGUUCCACCUGUGCUCAAGAAUGGCGGUAUUGUCAAGGAUGUUUGAAAAUGUUUACCAUGCAGUCUAUAACCCAGCUGCUAGACCUGCACCAGCUAAUUUAGCUAGUAACAUUUAUCUAUAUAUUCAAAGGUGUGUGUGAAAUACAUUUCAAACAGACAUGACGGCUUGAACAUGAUCUAACAGGUGUAUGUGUGAUAGGAGGCGAACGGCGGAGUAGAGAAGGAGGAGGAGAAAUCAUCAGGAUCUGACGACAGCAGCAGUGAAGAGGAGGACGUUGUGAGUGCGGGUUCUCCUUUUAAUGUCUAGUCCAUCCGCCAAGGAAUUAGAAGUGUUGUGGUUUUAAUGACUCGCUCGUCAAGAUGCUCCUACUCACUUUCAAAGUGUCACCUGCCAACACUACCUUAGUCAGAACUGCAUUGUUGACUCUCUGUUCAAUGUCUUAACGUUGUCUGUUAUUACAGAACAAGAAGAAGAGUGGAGUGGAAGGAUUGAUCGAGAUUGAGAAUCCCAACCGCAUAUCCCAGAAAAGUAAGAAGGUGACAGAGCUAGAUGUCAACGCACCCAAAGAGCUGUCACGCCGAGAGAGGUGAGGAUCUCACUUUUCCUUCAAGUCUCAGGCCUAAUGCCUAAAAUGAAAAGAUUUGAAGUCAGUAAAUUCAGGAAUAGCCUUGGGUUAGUGAAGGUCUUGGGAGUGGGUGUAGGCAAGGAUACUUUAUUAUUCAGAUGGAAAUGAUAACGGCAAAUGUUAUUAGAUCUUGAAAGCAGGACCCUGUUUGACCGUCUCGCUUUCUCUGUCUCAGGGAGGAGAUCGAGAAGCAGAAAGCUAAGGAACGCUACAUGAAGCUGCACCUAGAGGGGAAGACAGACCAGGCACGGGCCGACCUCGCCAGGCUGGCCAUAAUCAAGAAGCAGAGAGAGGACGCGCAAAAGAAGAGGGACGGCAUCAAAAAAGGUGAGGGAUAAGGAAUCUCUUAUAAACUGUGCUUGUCCUUUGUGCUAUACUGUCUGACAGCAACACAGGACUUAAAUGGCUAAUCAGAGAAGGUCAUAUGGGCACCGUUGUGUUUAUUCAGACAGACUGUGGUUGCUCCUUUUGAAUUCAGUGCCUGACUGUCUUUAUCUGAUGGUUUCCUAGAAAAAGAAGCUGAAGACUCCAAGUCCAAGCGUUAGUCCUCUGUCUCCCGAGGACUUGGCCUGGAAAACAUUCUGGGGAGGAUGGAGAGACGAGAGAAGACUGUAGAAGGGAGGGUACCAAUACGAGGGUUGUCAGCUCAGGGGUAACGUAUGCUUGGGCUCCUGCCCUUCAUCUCUGAUGAGGGAAGGGUGUGAGCCGGGCGUUUUGGAGGAGACGGGGAAAGGGGCACUUCAGGUUUCCUCCGUAUUCUGUGAGGUCACAACGGCAGGUGUUCUAGUGUCUUCCCUCCUCACUCCUCCCCUGUGUUCUAGUUCUAAAGCUGCUGGAGAUAAUUCUUUGAUUAUAUUUUUUGCAUUUUAACAUGGUUUACUUAUGAAUGGGAAGUGUUUGGGGAGGAUGAGUAGGGGUUUGUAUACUUUCAUCUGACCUGUUUUUAAGGUGAAUCAGGAGGUGGUUGGGACGGAGGAACACUAAGAUCCACAUUAUACAGGAAAUCUAUGUGCUCUUUAUUUUCUGUUCUGUUCCAUCUCUACCAGUUGUCUUCAUUCAUAACCUGACAGUUCAAAGGCCUUUGCCUCCAAAGGAAACAUGUGGGAAAUAAAGGUCCCAUAGGCAGUAGUGUCUCAGACAAAACAUGUAUAAAGGAAUCAAUCAGCCUUUAUGCCACUUAACGUUAGGUGUUGAAUUUUCUGGAGUUUUUACCCAUUAUUCUGUUGGUGUUUCUGCCCAGACACGUUCAGCGCGUUUGAGCCGCCACCUGCCUCUAACUUCUGA